UCGGCGAAUCCUUUUUAAUAACCCGCCUCGAGAUAAUGAUGUAAAAAGACUCGAGCGUCUCGUGCGUAACGAUAAUCAUCGUGGAGAUCCGUUGAAGGUGAAUUAGAGACACAGAAAGAAGACAGAGAGAGAGAGAGAGAGAGAGAAAAGAGAGAGAGAGAGAGAGAGAGAGAGAGAGAGAGAGAGACUUAUUACAUGAGUCUCCUCCUCGUCUCCACACCUCAGCUGAUAGUCGCGCAAGCCUGCAACUUCCCCAUUGACACACAACUAAACUCGUAAAGCGCAAACCGAGGGACAAACUCAUAGAGGCGCGCACAAAGAGUUGCCAGAAGCGACCGUUGCCUGCAACAACGCGGAAUCCAAGAGGCUAUGGACAGAAGGAUGAACUUGAACGGCGGUGCAGGGGACAUUUUUCACAAAACUCUCAGCGCCGUGUCCACUAAAAAAAUGGACCCUUUCAGGUCGUCGGCCGGCAUUGAACUAGCAGCCAGAGACCGCCAGUCACCUAUCAGCUGCUUUGACCAGACCGAUCAAGACUCGAUUCAGCCGGGAGGACUGGCGGGAGGUAGAGGGGGGCCACUGGGUCUGCCGACCGGAUCUUUGUGCGUUAAUUUCGGUGAGAGCGCCAACAGGAUCUCGGCAGCGGAGAGCAGCGGCGGAGAGCAGAGUCAAGACGAUGACAGCGACGGCAGGUGUGACAUGGUCCUUUUGGCCGACGGGCGGACGGUGCCCUCGGGGAAAGGAGAAGGAGGUAAGAAAACCAAAGAGCAGAAAACACUGAGGCUAAACAUCAAUGCCAGAGAAAGACGACGGAUGCACGAUCUGAACGAUGCGCUGGAUGAGCUCAGAGGGGUCAUCCCUUACGCGCACAGCCCGUCAGUGCGGAAACUCUCCAAAAUUGCCACUUUGCUGCUCGCCAAAAACUACAUCCUUAUGCAGGCGCAGGCUCUGGAGGAGAUGAGGAGGCUAGUGGCGUAUCUCAACCAGGGACAAGCCAUCUCUGCUGCCUCGAUACCGGCCACCACUGCCCUCGCAGCUCCAGGCUUGGGCGCGUACGACCAGCCGCCCGGAUAUCCCUUCCCCACCGGAGUGGCUGCGUCCUCCUGCCCAGAUAAAUGUGCCCUAUUCAACAACGCCACCUCCAGCCUCUGCAAACAGUGCACUGACAAGCCUUAACUGCGCCUGACAGGACUCAGAGAAGCACAGGGGAGAAAAGAAACCACUUUUAAGAACACUUUUGGAGAGGGAAACCUGUGAGGCUACUGUUGUUGAAGUCAGUAGGCUAGAAACAAAGAAGUAAUGCCGAUGAAUACUUUUAUAAUAUUUACUAAAUGCAUUCAAAACGCGCUUUUUUGUUCAAACAAUACUUGAUUGUGUAUAUAAAUCAUCCUUAAAGUGCUGGUAUGAAUGGCAGUGAAGACCAAACACAAGUACAGUAGGCCUGUAAGAGUGGCUGCAAGUGUUGAGUGAGUUGUUGAUCACUUGCUCUGUUAUGGACCCUUUUGGAGAUUUUGGUGACCUGACAACCUGCGGCUUUUUCACUUAAAUAGAUGGACACUUUCCUGGAGCGUAGGUCCAACCUCACUUUCUGCUGCUUCCUUAUUUAUUUAUUUAUUUAUUUUGCGGGUUUUCUUUCAUACACCUCAGAGACAUUUGCUGUUUGCUUACUGGUUCAAGGCCUGUUUUAAUGAACUUUUCUAUUGAGCACGUGGAAUGUCAUGAACAAGGAUAAGUUAAAUGCUUAGAUGAUAUAGAUGACGUUAAGUCGUUUAAUCAGUCAGAUAUUUAUGUGUUAAUCCAGACACUUGUUAAUAGUUGCGCACGCCUAUUACAUUUCUUUUUUGGGGGCACUGUGAUAUAAUAAAAUUUCAGAAAAAUGUAGAGAACCUGAAUCAAUUUGUUUCAGGUGUUUCGGUGUGUCUUUUGUAAUUUAUUAAUUUGGAUAUUUAUAUUGGAUAUUUUUGCUUGCAUUGCACAUUGUAGUCUUUCUUAGUUGUUGUAUCUUUUGCGUUUUUUUCUUCUCACACAAGAUGAUCGAUGUCAUCAGAUGAAUCGCGUUGUCAGGUCAAGAUGUGGAUUAUUGUAGAUACUUUAGUUAUUAUAUGAGCAAAGAGGGCCAUUUGUAUGUAUUUCAGUGUUGAAAAGCUUUAUUAAAAUAUUUUGAACAACAGAAA